GGCUGAAACUAAACUGCUACUGGAUUAAUAUGAAGAAAAUAUAUCCCUGGUAGGGCCAAUGAAAAAAUAUAAAAAUAAAAAGAUUAUGUGGCAAGAUGUCUCUAAUAUAAUAAAUAAAACAAUUAAAAUCAACAGAACAGCAUUACAGGUGGAAAAUCGCUAUAAAACUGUUUUAAAAAGAAAAAAGGCAGCUGUAGAAAACAAUAUCAGGACGGGCUCAUUACGUCAAAUUGUACCUUACGAGUUUGAAUUAAACAAAAUUGGUGCACUGGAUGACAGUAUUGAGCCAGAGGUACUGGGUAGUGCCUCUGGAAUUAGAAUUUUAAAACCCAUUCAUAAUAUGCCUGUUGAUGCAGAGAGCCUCCCCAGCACAUCGAUUUCAUAUAAUACAAAAAGACUUGUUCUGAAACUUAAAAAAAGGGAUACACUAUCACAAACAUUAACAUUAAUCCACAAAGAAAAGGAAGAAUCGAGAAUAAGGCGCCACAAGGAGAAGAUCGACCUGCUUAAGGAGUUAUUUAAAAAAUGAUGUAGAGGGUGUUAUUUUUAUACUUUUUUUUUAUUUUAUAGUACAAACAACUUUUUUUUUAUUUAUUUGAAAUUCUAGAGUACGUUUUUUUUUAAUUUAAGAAUAUGUUGAUACAGGG